AUGAUUUAUCAAACAGCAGAACCGGAAUUGACCGAACCAAAGUUGGAAAAAAUACGGCUUAUCGUUAAGGAUUUAAAAAACUUUAAAGCCCUAGAAGAGGAUGAAAUUAACCCAGAACUACUUAAACUGGCUGGAAAAGAUUUUGCGACAGUAAUACACCUCAUAUUAAAAAAUAUAUGGAACAAAGAAUGUAUGCUGAAGGAAUUGGAAUUUAGGGAUUAUAUGCACAAUCUUCAAAAAAGGAGAUAUGAAGAAAGUAACAAAUUAUCGUGGAAUCUCGCUAUUGGACAUCGCAUAUAA